GCUGUUGUAUAUUGUCCAGAUUCUAAGUUAACUGAGAAUGACUCUAGAUCACCAUCAUGGCAGUGGUAAGAAACGAAAAAGACGAGAAAGUGGUGAUACUGUCCCUGAUACUCCGCAAGUGGGAUUGAUAAAUUUACAAAUGAAUACAUUAAGGAGAUACAAACGUCAUUUCAAACUUCAGACACGGCCAGGUAUGAACAAGGCACAGUUGGCUGAAACAGUUCAAAGACAUUUCUCCAGUUUUCCAGUAGUUGAGAAAGAAGCACUUGCAUAUUUUAUAUACAUGGUCAAGAUGAAAAAGAAUAGAAUUGAUCUGAAGGAAAGUGGAAACUCUAAUGAAAAUAACAAUAACAACAGCAUUCACACUAGCGAAAAGAAAGAGUCAAAAUAAUUGAGGGUUUAUACCAGUAAAUAAUGAUUGUGAUUAUUCAUUUUUCAAGAUAUUCGAUGCAUAAUAUACAGAGUGUCCAAAAAGCUUCACCCAAUUUCAUAGCAUUACCAAUUGCAAAUUUGAAUAAAUUCGGUGUAUGAUAAAUGGGGACUACAACAUUUAACACUUAUAACAUCCAAUUAGAAACAGAUUGACUAUAAAUCUUUUUUAUAUAAAAAAAAAAAUAACAUUUGAUUAUAGAGACUUUAUAAUCGGGCAAAACUUUUUGGACACCCCGUAUUUGUGUCUGGUUGUCCUAUA